GGGGACUUCACACCUCUUCAGCUCCAUCGCUCCUGUCCGUCGUUCGCCGGUCUCCUUGUCGUCGCCGGUGUGUCAGGGACCACCGCCAUCUUCUCCUCCUACGCUCAAUAUCUCGGAUUGCUGCUUCUUUUCAUCCUCUGUUCGGCGUUCUUAUCCUCUGUUCUCCUCAGCCAACGUUGUGGUGGUUGUAAACUUAUUUCCUUGAAUUUGCUUCUUCAAUUCGGCCUUCAUCUAAUCUGUUCGUUGAGUGUGGGGUGCUGUAAUGAAUCUUCUUUUCUUCUUCCAUACUUUGCUGCAAGUGUAGUUUUGGCUGUUCACUUCAGGAUACUCUAACCUUCCUUCCUACACUUGAUCCAUUUUUGUAGCAAAAAAUGGGUGUUGCGGAUCUGCCGCAGAAGGAGGUUAACGUGCUAAAAGGGCAUGAGGGUGCCGUGCUGGCGGCAAGAUUCAAUGGUGACGGUAAUUACUGCUUGAGUUGCGGCAAAGAUCGUACCAUUCGUCUCUGGAAUCCUCACCGUGGUAUUCAUAUCAAGACCUACAAAGCUCAUGGCCGUGAAGUCCGUGAUGUCCAUGUCACCUUGGACAACUCCAAGUUAUGUUCUUGUGGUGGAGAUCGACAGAUCUUUUACUGGGAUGUGGCAACAGGACGUGUAAUUCGAAAAUUUCGGGGCCAUGAUAGUGAGGUAAAUGCUGUAAAGUUCAAUGAGCAUGCAUCUGUUGUAGUUUCAGCUGGCUAUGAUCAAUCAUUGCGUGCUUGGGACUGCAGAUCCCAUAGCACUGAGCCGAUUCAGAUUAUUGACACGUUUUCAGACAGUGUUAUGUCUGUUUGUUUGACAAAAACUGAAAUUAUCGGUGGUAGUGUUGAUGGAACUGUUCGAACAUUUGACAUCCGUAUUGGCAGAGAAAUAUCUGAUGACUUGGGGCAACCUGUCAACUGUAUUUCAAUGUCAAAUGAUGGUAAUUGCAUACUAGGCAGUUGUUUAGAUUCUACUCUUCGACUUUUGGACAGAACGACAGGUGAACUGUUGCAAGAAUACAAAGGUCAUACUUGUAAGUCUUACAAAUUGGAUUGCUGCCUCACCAAUACGGAUGCCCAUGUGACCGGUGGAUCUGAGGAUGGCUUCAUCUAUUUCUGGGAUCUUGUUGAUGCAUCAGUUGUGUCAAGAUUCAGAGCUCAUACCUCAGUGGUAACGAGCGUGAGCUAUCAUCCGAGAGAAAGCUGUAUGAUAAGCUCUUCUGUGGAUGGCACCAUUCGUGUGUGGAAGUCAUAGGGACAUAAUACAGAUUCUAAAAUUGAUAUGAAGUCAUGUCAUUUACAAGCUAUCAUAAGUAGUUUAGUUUGAUGACUAGAGUCUUCCUCAUAACCUGAUUGGGACAAUCAUCCUGCUGAUAGUCCUGCUGAAAGGCAAGAUUUGUGAACUUGAUUGCAUGAAGUAUUCCUUUGAUCACUUGCUGUAGAUCAUGAUUCUUUCCAUGAUUUAAGGAAAUAUUUCUCUUCAUCCAAAUAAAAUUAAUAAGAAUGAUAAUUCCUCGCA